UCCGUUGCCUGCAAACUUUUCUCCUUCUCCUCCUCCUUGUCCCGGGGCGGCCGAGGCUGGAAAAUGGCGGCUUAAAGCACCCGCCGCCUCAGUUCCCUCGACCGGCCCUGGCCCGACUCGGGCUCCCCCUCAGCUAUGACGCGCUGGAUACCCACCAAGCGUGAGGAGAAAUACGGCGUGGCAUUCUAUAAUUAUGACGCCCGAGGUCCAGAUGAGCUGUCACUGCAAAUAGGAGACACCAUGCACAUACUGGAAACAUACGAAGGUUGGUACAGAGGUUAUACUUUGAGGAAAAAAUCAAAAAAAGGCAUCUUUCCUUCUUCCUAUAUACAACUUAAAGAAGCAAUAGUUGAAGGAAAAGGACAACAUGAAACUGUUAUACCAAGUGAACUGCCACUUAUUCAGGAGGUUACCACUACACUACGGGAAUGGUCCAUAAUAUGGCGACAGCUUUAUAUUCAAGACAGCAGAGAAAUGUUUCAUAAUGUAAGACAUAUGAUAUAUGAUCUUAUUGAAUGGCGAUCACAAAUACUGUCUGGAACACUUCCCCAAGAUGAGCUCAAUGAACUAAAGAAGAAAAUCACAGCAAAGACUGAUUAUGGAAACAGAAUUCUCGAUUUGGAUCUAGUGGUAAGGGAUGAAGAUGGUAACAUAUUAGAUCCAGAUCAGACCAGCACAAUUAGCCUAUUCAGAGCUCAUGAAACAACUUCCAAACAAGUAGAAGAAAGACUCCUGGAAGAAAAAUCUCAAAAGCAGAAUCUUGACAUUAGUAGGGAAGCAAAAUUUGCUGCAACACCUUCAUUUGCAUUAUUUGUAAAUCUGAAAAAUGUUGUUUGCAAAAUUGGAGAAGAUGCUGAAGUCCUUAUGUCUUUGUAUGACCCUUUGGAAUCCAAGUUUAUAAGUGAGAAUUAUCUGGUGAGAUGGUCAAGUUCUGGUUUACCAAAAGACAUAGAUAAAUUGCAUAAUCUUCGAGCGGUCUUUACGGACCUUGGCAGCAGUAAAGACCGGAAGAGAGAGAAGAUUAGUUUUGUAUGUCAGAUUGUACGAGUUGGCAGAAUGGAACAAAGAGAGAACAACACAAGGAAACUAACUUCUGGGCUACGGCGACCUUUUGGUGUAGCAGUGAUGGAUAUAACUGACAUAAUUAAUGGGAAAGUAGAUGAUGAAGAUAAGCAGCACUUCAUUCCAUUUCAACCGCUAGCAUUGGAUAACACCAUUCGACACAAGCAGUUGAACAUAUCAUCCCGUUUUUCACCCAGGGUGGCAGGGGAGAAUGAUUUUCUUCAGACUGUAAUAAACAAAGUGAUUGCUGCUAAAGAAGUUAAUCAUAAGGGUCAAGGUCUGUGGGUGACAUUGAAGCUUCUUCCAGGAGACAUACAUCAGAUACGGAAAGAAUUUCCUCACUUAGUUGAUAGAACCACAGCUGUGGCACGGAAAAUGGGCUUUCCAGAAAUUAUUAUGCCUGGUGAUGUCCGAAAUGACAUUUAUGUAACGUUAGUUCAAGGAGAUUUUGACAAGGGCAGUAAAACUACAGCAAAGAAUGUAGAAGUUACAGUAUCUGUUUAUGAUGAAGAUGGGAAAAAAUUAGAGAAUGUGAUUUUUCCUGGGGCCGGAGAUGAAGCUCUUUCAGAAUACAAAUCUGUUAUAUAUUACCAAGUAAAGCAACCCCGCUGGUUUGAAACUAUAAAGGUUGCAAUCCCCAUUGAAGAUGUAAACCGCAGUCAUCUAAGGUUUACCUUCCGGCACAGAUCAUCACAAGAUUCCAAAGAUAAAUCUGAGAAAAUAUUUGCUCUGGCAUUUGUUAAAUUAAUGCGAUAUGAUGGAACAACUCUGAGAGAUGGAGAACAUGAUCUUAUAGUAUACAAGGCAGAAGCAAAGAAGCUGGAAGAUUUUUCAACAUAUUUAAGCUUGCCCUCUACUAAACUGGAAUUAGAAGAAAAAGGUCACUCCAUGGCUGGCAAGGGCAUGCAAAAUCUUGGAAGCUGUACCAUCAGUAAAGAUUCAUUCCAGAUCUCUACUCUUGUCUGCUCAACAAAACUAACUCAAAAUGUGGAUUUACUGGGGCUUUUGAAGUGGCGAUCCAACACAAAUAUACUGCAACAGAAUUUAAGGCAACUGAUGAAAGUUGAUGGAGGUGAAGUUGUUAAAUUUCUUCAAGAUACACUGGAUGCAUUGUUUAACAUUAUGAUGGAGAAUUCAGAAAGUGAAACAUUUGACACGUUGGUGUUUGAUGCUUUGGUUUUUAUCAUUGGACUAAUUGCUGACCGGAAGUUCCAGCAUUUCAAUCCUGUUUUAGAAACCUACAUAAAGAAACAUUUCAGUGCUACUUUGGCUUAUACAAAACUGACAAAAGUUUUAAGGACUUAUGUGGACAAUGCUGGUGUCACUGAUCAACUAUUCAAGGCUAUGAGAUCUUUAGAAUAUAUCUUUAAAUUUAUUGUGCGAUCAAGAAUUUUGUUCAACCAAUUGUAUGAGAAUAAAGGGGAAGCUGACUUUAGGGAAUCCUUGCUUCAACUCUUUAAGUCUAUUAACGAAAUGAUGAACAGCGCCUCCGAACAGACCGUUACAGUAAAGGGAGCUGCUCUUAAAUACUUGCCAACAAUUGUGAAUGAUGUAAAGCUUGUUUUUGAUCCCAAAGAACUUAGCAAACUAUUUACAGAUUUUAUACUGAAUGUUCCAAUGGGUCGUCUCACAAUUCAGAAGUUGUAUUGUUUGAUUGAAAUAGUUCACAGUGAUCUUUUCACUCAACAUGACUGUAGGGAGAUUCUGAUGCCAAUGAUGACAGAUCAACUGAAGUAUCAUUUGGAAAGACAAGAAGACCUGGAUGCCUGUUGCCGAUUGCUCAGUAAUAUUCUUGAAGUCCUUUAUAGGAAAGAUGUGGGACCAACACAACGACAUGUGCAAAUAAUUAUGGAAAAGCUAUUGAGGACAGUAAACAGAACGGUCAUAUCAAUGGGACGUGACUCAGAACUCAUAGGAAAUUUUGUUGCAAGCAUGACAGCUAUUUUAAGACAAAUGGAAGAUUAUCAUUAUGCUCAUUUAAUCAAGACUUUGGGGAAGAUGAGAACUGACGUUGUUGACUUCCUUAUGGAAACAUUCAUCAUGUUCAAAAAUCUUAUUGGAAAGAAUGUCUAUCCUUCUGACUGGGUUAUAAUGAACAUGAUGCAGAAUAAAGUCUUUUUACGAGCAAUUAAUCAGUAUGCAGAUAUGCUGAACAAAAAAUUCCUUGAUCAAACCAGCUUUGAGCUACAGCUUUGGAACAAUUAUUUCCAUCUUGCUGUUGCUUUUCUUACCCAAGAGUCAUUACAACUGGAGAAUUUUUCAAGUACUAAAAGAUGCAAAAUACUUAACAAGUAUGGUGAUAUGAGAAGACAAAUUGGUUUUGAGAUUCGGGAUAUGUGGUAUAAUCUGGGUCAGCAUAAAAUCAAGUUCAUUCCUGAGAUGGUGGGGCCCAUGUUAGAAAUGACUUUGAUUCCCGAAACUGAGCUGAGAAAAGCUACGAUUCCCAUUUUCUUUGAUAUGAUGCAGUGUGAGUUUCAUUCUACCAGAAGUUUUCAGAUGUUUGAAAAUGAGAUAAUCACAAAACUGGAUCAUGAAGUGGAAGGCGGAAGAGGAGAUGAGCAAUAUAAAGUGUUAUUUGACAAAAUCCUUCUAGAACACUGCAGAAAACAUAAAUACCUUGCCAAAAAUGGUGAAACGUUUGUUAAACUUGUGGUGCGGCUGAUGGAGAGACUUCUAGAUUACAGAACUAUUAUGCACGAUGAAAACAAGGAAAACCGGAUGAGCUGCACAGUCAAUGUUCUGAAUUUCUACAAAGAGAUUGAAAGAGAAGAAAUGUACAUAAGGUAUUUGUACAAACUUUGUGACCUGCACAAAGAAUGCGAUAACUACACUGAAGCCGCCUACACAUUACUUCUCCAUGCAAAGCUUCUUAAGUGGUCUGAAGAACCAUGUGCAGCACAUCUUACUCAACGUGAUGGCUACCAGGCAGCAACGCAAGGACAACUCAAAGAGCAGCUCUAUCAAGAAAUUAUCCAUUAUUUUGACAAGGGCAAGAUGUGGGAAGAAGCCAUUGUCUUGGGCAAAGAGCUUGCAGAACAAUAUGAAAAUGAAAUGUUUGAUUACGAACAACUUAGUGAAGUACUGAAAAAGCAAGCACAGUUCUAUGAAAAUAUUGUGAAAGUAAUAAGACCUAAACCAGAUUACUUUGCAGUUGGUUAUUAUGGACAAGGAUUUCCAACAUUUUUACGGAGCAAAGUUUUUAUUUAUCGAGGAAAAGAAUAUGAACGCCGUGAAGAUUUUGAAGCAAGAUUAUUAACACAGUUUCCUAAUGCAGAAAAAAUGAAGACUACAUCACCUCCUGGUGAAGAUAUUAAAAAUUCUCAUGGUCAAUAUAUCCAGUGCUUUACAGUAAAGCCAAAACUGGACUUACCAUCAAAAUUUCACAAGCCUGUAUCAGAGCAAAUUUUAAGUUUCUAUAGGGUAAAUGAGGUUCAGCGGUUUGAGUAUUCAAGACCCAUUCGUAAAGGAGAGAAAAAUCCAGACAAUGAAUUUGCGAAUAUGUGGAUUGAGAGAACUAUUUAUGUGACAGCGUAUAAACUACCUGGCAUUUUAAGAUGGUUUGAAGUCAAAUCAGUAUUUAUGAUUGAAAUCAGUCCACUUGAAAAUGCAAUUGAAACGAUGCAGUUAACAAAUGAUAAAAUUAACAAUAUGGUUCAGCAACAUUUGAAUGAUCCAAAUCUACCUAUUAACCCUCUGUCUAUGCUGCUAAAUGGCAUUGUGGAUCCUGCAGUCAUGGGAGGCUUCACCAAUUACGAAAAGGCUUUCUUCAAUGAGAAAUACAUACAUGAACACCCAGAAGAUCAUGAAAAAAAUGAAAAGCUAAAGGAUCUAAUUGCGUGGCAGAUCCCUUUCCUGACAGAAGGUAUCCGAAUUCAUGGGAAUAAAGUCACAGAAGCACUAAGGCCAUUUCAUGAGAGGAUGGAAGCCUGUUUUAAACAACUGAAAGAAAAAGUUGAAAAACAAUAUGGAAUCAGAAGUCUUCCCUCAUCAGUAGAUGACCGACAAGGCUGUCGGCCAAGGUCUAUGGUUCGAUCAUUCACAAUGCCAUCGUCCUCAAGGCCACUAUCUGUUGCUUCAAUUUCUUCCAUCUCUUCUGACAGCGCUCCUUCUAGGCCUGGCUCAGAUGGGUUUGUUCUUGAGCCCCUUCUGCCAAAGAAGAUGCAUUCUCGAUCACAAGAUAAGUUGGAUAAAGAUGACUCAGAUAAAGAUAAGAAAGAAAAGAAGAAAGAAAAAAGAAACAGCAAACACCAAGAAAUAUUUGAGAAAGACUUGAAAUCAACUGAUAUCUCUCUGCAGCAGUCUGAAGCAGUGAUACUUUCAGAAACUAUCAGCCCAUUGAGACCACAGAGACCAAAGAGCCAAGUUAUUAAUGUUAUGGGAAGUGAAAAACGGUUAUCUGUUUCCCCGUUGCCACCUCCUCAAAGUAUUCCUCCGCCAAUCACUCCAAGAACCAAGCUUUCGUUCACUUUACAGCCCAAUUCAGAACUAAAUGGCAUGAAUAAUUUGGAAAUGAUGGGCAUUCCGCCACCAUUACCUCUGAAAGGCGUCAUGGCAGAUUACGGGAAUGUCAUGGAGAGCCAUGAAUCUAUUAGCCCUGCCACUUCCCCCCCUAUACCUCAAAGGCAGCUGCCGCCUCCUUUACCAAGCAAAACACCGCCGCCACCACCUCCAAAGACUACUCGGAAACAAGCCUCUGUCGAUUCUGGGAUCGUCCAGUGAGAAAGAAAACGAUACCGCAAAAAAAUUAAGUUGUAAAAAUUUCUGUUUUAAAUGUUUGCAAUAUUAGAUACUUUAAC